UGCAGGGUGCUUAGAUGUGUUGGCCGGCACUGAGCUUGACGGUGGCCAUGCAGUUGAAACAACAGCUUUUUUAAUCAAAGAAAAGAGUUACUGUACAACAGAAAAUGAAAUUAUAGCGGAGCUGACAGCACAUCACAGCGGAUGACAUGUAUCUCUCUAUCCAAGUAACUCAACUGUGGGAGGAACUGAAGUCAAAUCAUCUCACCAAAUACGGCACAGUAACUGCGGUCACAGCUAUUAGUUUGGUUCUGCUGAGAAGAUGGAUUGCAGGUGGAGUUUGCCGCUGUCAUGUGCGACUGGAUGAGAAGACAGUCAUCAUUACUGGUGCCAACACUGGCAUUGGAAAAGAGACAGCAUGUGACUUGGCCAUGAGAGGGGCUCGGGUUGUGAUGGCUUGUCGAGAUCUUUCAAAAGCAGAAAAGGCUGCGGCAGAGAUUCGCAGAUCUACAGGAAAUGGCAACAUAGUAGUUCGACACUUAGACCUGGCAUCUCUGUUCUCCGUUCGGCAAUUUGUGCAUGAAUACACUGCCACUGAGGAUCGACUGGAUAUACUUAUUAACAAUGCUGGAGUGAUGAUGUGCCCUAAAAGCCUUACAAAGGAUGGCUAUGAAACCCAGUUCGCUGUCAAUCAUUUGGGUCAUUUCCUCCUGACUGUUCUGCUCCUGGACAUGCUGAAGAAGUCUAGUCCUAGUCGAAUUCUUAAUGUAUCCAGUAUUGCUCACAAAGGAGGUAAGAUCCACUUCGAUGACCUUAACUUCAACAAAGCUCCAUAUGAUUCCUUGGUCAGCUACAGGCAGAGCAAACUUGCCAACCUGCUGUUUACUCGAGAAUUAGCACAGAGGAUUAAAGGGUCUGGUGUAACAGUGUAUUCCCUUCACCCUGGAGUAAUCCGCACUGAACUGGGACGUUACGUGCAGACUCGCCACCCUCUGCUCAGCACCCUGUUGUCAUUACCAGCUCUCUUAUUGAUGAAAACCCCCAGUCAAGGCGCUCAGACGUCAAUCUACUGUGCAGUUGCUGAAGGGCUGGAGUCUCACAGUGGCUGCUAUUUCAGUGACUGUAAGCUGAAGGAACCAGCUCCUGAAGGUAAAGAUGAUCUCGCUGCCCUGCGAUUGUGGGAAAUAAGUGCAAAACUUGUGGGCUACCAUGAAGAGAACUGACAACACUCCACCAAGCUCUAUUCAUAAUACCACAUGCCUAUAGGAAUGCUUUGUAUGCAGCUAUCAACACUCAUGAUCAUCUUUUCCAUCUUUGUUG